GACAAACGAACAGCAGUGAAGGUCGCUUCCGUUCGACUGUCACCCCGUCACCGUUGUGUCCCGAGAUAUUCCUGGUUUGAACCUCGGCUCUUCUUAAGUACACUUGGCUCGCCCUCACCUUUGGUUUGGCUCUGGCAGCAACCACCCUCUUCAUCAACCACCCUCCUUCCCGCCAACUCUGAGGACGUCCGCCUCUCCAGUUCAACCGAAGCUACAGCCAUCGCCUACGGCCAGACUGUGCGGUCUCACUUCGGCAAUUAAGGAUCUAGCCGAAACCUAGCCUCACCGUCACUCUCUUCACUACCACAGUAGGGCCGUUUUCCUUUUUGAGGUGCACUCACAGCGCCAUAACCCCAGCAAGCCCAGCCUUGGCUUGGUGACCCCCCGUCCAAUCCCAGGCUCUUACACCGACCGCCACCUAUAAGUUACAGCCGACAACGCGCAAGCAAGAUGGCUCUUGCCAACCACAGCAAUUGCGCGCACUCUUUCGUCAUGCUGAAGUCGGACAACACCCUGAUCCAAUGGAUGUGCCAGAUCUGUCUCCAUGGUCCGUUCUGGGUCAUCUGGGAAUGUCGGUACUGCCGGCUCCACACGUGUCGGACGUGCAUGGAUAACGCCUGAGGCGGGCGCCGGGCCCGGACGGGAUGCGCGCUCCAGCUGCGUGUCUCGGUGCCGGAUCGGGGGAUGGGAUGGGACAUUCGCGGUGUGGUUGGCUUGGACGGCGUCUGGACGCAGAAACCCGCAAGCAACGGCGGCCUGACCAAACGGUCGGGAUUGUCAACACUGCAACGUCUUGCGGAUGCCCAACCAGAACGCAAAAUCGCAAUCGACCCGGGUCCCACUCAGGCUUGCAGCCCCUGUCAGACGAAACCAAGCACCCCCACCCAGUGCGUCACCGUCACCGUUGCCCGUCGACAGACUCCCGUCGGCGCCCUGCAUGCCGCUGGGUGACAGCGGAGAUUCGCCGGGGCCGUCCAGCGUCCGUUGAGACGGCUCGCCAAAUCUCGCUUCGAUUCCCGCUGUCAAACCGAUCCUGCGGUCCUCCCGUCCGCCUAGCACUGCAUUUUCCCACCCAACUGCUUGGUACUUUUCGACCACCCCCCUGCCCGCUGCAUCCCUGCCUCAGAUUACGCGAGGUUACGCCACGGUGCGGGCAGGUCGCGUUCGACCCAUUACACGUUCCUUUCCUUUUCCCACUUUUUUUUAUGGUUGCGGAGUUUGCUCUGAUAGACGGCCCGGAUUUGCGGUAUUUCCCUCUCACUGUUGUUUCCGGUACGCUUUUUGUUUGCCCAGUUUGGGCUUUGGCGGCGCGCGAGGAUAGACUGGAAGGGUUUCAUUACCCCAGCGAUCACACCACUGGAUGGUGCGAGGCGGCACGGUACAUGACAGAAGGUUAAAAAAAAUCAACAACAAUGGGAGGAAGGAAAUGAUAACAAAAACGGGGGGUUACAGGCGUUAUCAAAAGGGAAAAAAAAAAGGCGGGUAUGGAAAAGAAGGGAUGGACGAUGCGAUGGGAAAAAAACUGUGCUGGAUCACUGUUGUCCUCUCCACUAGCAUCUCUCAUCUCUGUUUCUCUCUGUUGGGCACGGUUGCUUUUCUCCACCCUCUCAUCCAAACAAUACACUUUGUUGUGGCCGG